AUGGUUGGCCCACAUUUUGUAUUGGAAUUUGAUAAGACAGAAGAACAGUGGAAUUCUUCAGCAAAAUGCAACAAGUCCACUUCGGCCAAGUGCGUGAAUGGAGGAUUUCCUCACCCUCGAAACUGCACCAUAUGUAUAUGUCCGGGUGGAUAUGGUGGGAAUUUGUGCGACCAGAGACCACCAGGAUGUGGACAAGACCUCUUUGCCACAAAUGUGAAACAAGUGAUCGAAUGUAGUGUAGGUCGCGGAUCCGACAUUAGGGAACAUUUCGAUUUUUGCUAUUACAUGGUUAAGGCACCUGUGGGUAAGCAAGUCGAGUUGCAUAUUCUUUCCAUCUCGGCUGGUUAUAACUUCCCUGGAUGCCCAAGAGGAGGAAUUGAAGUCAAAGCUCAAAAGGACCAGAGGCUUACUGGUUACCGUCUUUGCUCGGUGGGGAGCAGAGGCAGAACCAUUAUCACCAGCACCAAUCACUUUCCUGUGAUUCUCUACAACAAAUUCAAGACGAUGAAUGCAACUUUCACGUAUCGUUAUACUGAUUAG